AUGUACUUUUAUCACCCUUUAACACAUGUUUAUAUACUGCAACAAGUUUUUUAUUAUCUUGAGACACAGAAAGAUUUCUAUAAUUUUACUCUCGUAAACUAUAAAUGGAACCUUGCAGCGUCACCUUUCUUAUACCGAGCACCAAAACCAUUAACAUCAAAGGCCGUUGAAAAAUGCAAACAAACACUCAUGCACGCUAAAGAAAAGAAAACGUUGCAUCAAUAUAAUGAAAUGGUACGAGAAUGGAUAAUAGAAUUAAAAAUUCGUGAUGCAGAAAGAGAUUUAUUGAUAGCAGAUUAUUGUCCAUAUGUUGAAAAAAUUUCGUGUAGUAGUGAGGUUAAGAAUGGAAAUAAACAUCCUAUGUUGGCCAUUCGUCUAAUAAAGUCUUGGAAACAUUUAAAAUCUAUAUCAUUGUAUCAUAGCAGCGGAUGUGAUGCAACUCUGGAGUCGAUAUCGAUAAAUUGUAAAGCACUAGAAGAAUUGAUUCUUGUGAAUUGUAAAGUGACAGAUUAUGGACUUGGUGAAGUUAUGAAGGCUUGUAAAGUAAUUAAAAAGAUUCGGCUGGUCCAGUGUACUGAGAUUACGGAUGAAAGUUUAGUUGCAAUAUCUAAAUCGUGUAGACAUUUAACUCAUUUGGAGUUAAAAGACUGUAAGAAUUUUACUGAUAAAGGAAUUUAUACUCUUUCUAAUCCUACUACUACUCGAAAACUUCGAAUGUUGUCCCUGGAAAGUCUAAAUAUUAAAGAUUCUCUUUUUGCGUUAGCUGAGCAUACAAAAGUGCUUCAGGAACUGUCUUUAAAGAAAUUGGAAAACUUAAAUGAUGAAAUUAUCUCGAUUUUUGGAAGAAAUUCCUCAAAGACUCUUAAACAACUUCGCGUAUAUUCUUGUAGAAAGGUGAAAGGAUGGGGUAUUAAGGAAUUUGUUGGAGUUGAAGAUUUGUCAUUAUUAAUGGAUUACAUUAAUUUUAAAGAAUUUGAAGGAAUUUGCGAGUAUUGUAGUGCCAUUGAAAUUUUUACUUUGGAUGUUAGGAGGAUCAUAGAAACGGAUCAAACUUUGCUAUUUUUUGUGGAAGAAAUUUUUCAAAAGAUAACCGUCGUCUACUUGAAAGACGUUGUUCGAAAUUAA